AUGGACCAGGCGCCAGCGAAAGAGAUCAUAGUCGAGAAGAAGCGGGCGUGUGAGGGUGCCGACUGCGACAACGAUGCGGGAGCUCUACAAUGUCCUACAUGCCAAAAGCUAGGGAAGGAGGCCUUCUUCUGCAGUCAGGAUUGCUUCAAGAGAAAUUGGAGUACACAUAAGGCCCAACACAAGGCGCAGAACAGUAUGCUAUCCAAAGUCAUUCCACCAAAGGUCGUGUCCUUACCAGACGCAGAUGGACACUUCAACCCUUUCCCUUCGUAUCCUUUCACGGGCACUCUGAGACCCGUGUACCCGCUGUCACCACGUCGUACUGUGCCGGACCGGAUACGGCAUCCUGACUACGCACACAAUGGCAUUCCGAAGAGCGAGCAGGUAUUCGUCGGUCGCAACAAGAUCAAGGUUCUCACCAAGCAAGAACAAGAAGGCAUGAGAAAAGUGUGUCGGCUGGCUCGCGAAGUGCUCGAUAUCGCGGCGCGUGCCGCAAAGCCUGGAGUCACCACCGACCAGAUCGACAAGAUUGUGCACGAUGCGUGCAUGGAGCGCGAUUCCUACCCAUCACCGCUGAACUACUGCCACUUCCCGAAGUCGGUCUGCACAAGUCCUAACGAGGUCAUCUGCCACGGCAUUCCUGAUCACCGGCCACUGAAAGACGGCGACAUCCUCAACAUUGACGUGACUCUGUAUCAUGGCGGUUUCCACGGCGAUUUGAACGAGACCUACUACAUUGGCGAUUCAGCUGCCAAGGAUCCCGAUAAUAUUCGUGUCGUCGAGGCUUCCCGAGACUGCCUAGACGAAGCCAUCAAACUGGUCAAGCCUGGUGCUCUGUUCAGAGACUACGGCAAUACGAUUGAGAAGGUCGCCAAGUCGCGGAAGUGCCAGGUGGUGAAGACAUAUUGCGGCCACGGCAUCAACCAACUUUUCCAUUGUGCACCCAAUGUACCGCAUUACGCAAAGAACAAGGCGAUUGGCGAGGCUAAGCCCGGCAUGUGCUUCACGAUCGAGCCCAUGAUCACAAUUGGAUCUUACAAAGACAAGACAUGGCCCGAUGACUGGACAUCAGUCACGUCGGACGGCUCGAAGACUGCCCAAUUCGAGCACACUCUUCUGGUGACCGAGAACGGAGUCGAGAUCUUGACUGCGAGGCUCGAAGAUUCUCCAGGAGGCAAAGAACCGAUGCCAGAGGGUUUCAUGGCCGACGGCAAGGCGAUAGAGGCGAAUGGAGAGGCGAAAACGAAUGGUACAAACGGUACUACGGCAUGA